GUGAACGGGAAGCACAUUGAGGGGUGUGUUGUCCCCACAUGAUGUGGGCGGAGUUUAGGUGACCGAGACAGUAGGGCGUGGCCUGUUGCGCCUGCGGUCCGUUUAAAACUUCGGCGCAACAUGCAGUCUACGGCAAACUUAGUCGCGUUAUUGCAAGUUUGUUCUCACUUCCUAGCCAUAUAGCCAGGUGAAAUUUACCAAGAUGCCGAAUUCUAAUAGAGUGGUGCUAGCGCUCGGCGGAGCUGGUACUGUUGGUUCCGGAAUUGUGAAAGCGUUUCUGGAUAGAGGUUUUAAAGUGGUGGUGGUCUCCAGAGACAGUAACAGGCUGGAGAAGUUGAAGGAGUUUAUCUCACCAUCCAGCAGAGAGAAUCUGGUCACACUGGUGGGGAAUGUGGGAUCAGAAGAGGGAGCAGAGGAGGUGAAGCAGACCUUGCUGAAGGCUGUAGGAAAGGUGACAGAUGUGGUCUCAUCCCUGGGCUUCAGCUGGUGGCAGGGUGGUCCACCUCACACCCAGUCUGUCAAGGAGUUGCAGUGGGUGUUGGAAACUCUGAUUCUCAGCACCUUUGUGUCAUGGAAGGCCUUCUUUCCCCUGGUGAAAGAUGACCCCAGCUGCACCUACACCUUCAUCACAGGGGGAGCUGGUGACAAGCUCUUAAUGCCAGGGACCGGGUUCCUAACAGUGGGUGCAGCCAGUGCUCUAGCAUUCUGUCAGGUUUUGCGAGAGGAGUACCCGGACGUGCCAUGCAAACUCAACCAGGUAAAGAUAAAUACAGGUGUGGCCCCUCCUGACCGGUUGGCCCCUGGUUACCUGAGCCACCUGGACCUGGGAGAGGCAGUGGCCACGCUUGUGGAGAGAAGGAACACCUCCCACGCUGUCUUCAAUGUGAACUGCCCCACCGACCUGAAAACCAUCCUCCUGGAGAACAACAUGUAGGGCUUUCCCCUGCCACGCCCUAACACCCUAGAACCUGCCAUAUGCCCAGCUCCACAAGGCCGUACAUCAAAGCCUGUUUUAUUUUUGCUUUUCAGAGGAGGAAAUGCAUAGACCCCGCACCCCAAACUUCUCACAGUGUCUGAUGCGGUUCUCCCUAGCCCCUCGUGUCACAAGCCACUAAGCUCCAGCCAUAGCCACUACCAGUCCUUGACCUGAGUGUUGUAUGUUACCCUGCUUCAAUCCUCCUAUACCCCUGUACUUUUGAAUCGAGGAAAGGAGUGUCAUGCCUUUAGGGAUUCCUCUGGUCCUGUUGGCUGUGCAUGUUGUUGAUCACUGCUUCUGCAGGCCAACUGGGGUCAUGCGUAAUAAUCUGGUUGCCAGCUCUGUUCAAUGAAAGGUCAUGACUGCCUAAUAGGCAUGCCUGCAAGGAAGAACAUUCACCAUAUGGUCAACCAUAAUAUCAUGGACACCACCAGUAGUGGUCAACAGCAUAUGAUGCUUGCCUGUUGGCCUUUUGCCACUGAGAAGCCUGACUUGUGCCAGUGAAGACCAGUUGCAUUCUUUGGUGCUGUAUUGGAUUUCAUCAGUAACAUGCUGCUUUGAUCUUAGUACAGAAACAAAAUCCUAAUCUAUCCCCACCAGCCUACCCAAACUCCAGGUUAGUGUGUGCACAAUUAUAGCUGAUACCUUGAUCUUGGCCCACCCACUGAUCUACAUCCUGUUUGUAUAGUUGCUUUUCCUGUAUAACAUUUUUUAUUCAUCUGCAUGUUUCAAUAAACUUCACUUACAGAGAGUGAAAA